ACAUAUACUAUUUAUGUCGCGUUGAAAUAUCAAAUUGAUAACCCCAUCGAUCUGCGUAUAAAUAAUUUGGGUGGCAAACGUUAGGAGUAGAUAAACCAAUGAUGAAGUCCCUCUUUAUAAUCGUCUUCCUCUUUAGUGGAGGUGUGUGGGCAAAACGCCUACCGAUGGAAAUAUACGAUAUUUGGUACAAAAUCAGCGAGCCUUACGAUACGGAGUGCGCUUUAGUAGCUGAGGUAGCAAAGGAGUAUGUGAAGGAGCAACUGUUGAAGGGGUCGAUUCCCGACAAUGUACGUUUUAAAAGUUACCUCGUCUGCAUCUACGAACGCUUGGAGCUUUUUGGUAAUGAUGGUAACUUUAACAAGCACAAAGUUCAUAAUGUGAUACCUUACAUGAGCGUACCCCUUACGGAAGUGUGCGCGACUGAGGCCAUGAAAGGGAGGGAUCGCUUGGAAAAGUCGUAUCUUAUGGGUUACUGUGCUGUGGACGGCCUUAGCGUUGAUGAUUGAAGCUUUUAAACUGUACUGUAUUUUUAAGUGUUAUCAGUGCUAUUUUACAUGUAUUUUGAUCAACAUUUUCUCUUGUAUUAUAUCCUUCUGAUAUAAA